CCGGCCGAGCUUCGGCUUCAAAAUAUUUAGCCCAACCUGGCUGAAAUUGCGUCGGACGUGAAACGUCAUCUUAAUUACGGCCGAAGAUUUCAAAAUAGAAGCCCAAAUGAGUCUAAAGGGCUGAAAAGCCCAAUGAUUCUUCAACGUUUGACCCAACAGACUACUUCAGCUUGUCCGAGACACCUCCCAAUUUCGAAAUCUAUUUAAAUUCGUAGGCGGGUAUUGGGUAGGAGCUGGGAAGAAAAACCCUUCAAAAGCCUCAAAAAAUUUUCAUCUUUGACAAUGGAUUUAGACCCAGAGGAUGUUUUCAAGGAUGAAGAAGACGACCCAGAUAACGAAUUCUUCCAGCAAAGUGAGAGCUCCAAAGAGUAUGUUGUUUACUUGGUCGACGCUUCUCCCAAAAUGUUUAACACUACAUGUCCUGGUAAAGAUCAAAAGGAUGAAAUUCAUUUCCAUGUCUCCAUCAGCUGUAUUGCAGAAUCACUCAAGACCCAAAUCAUUUGUAGAUCGUAUGAUGAAGUCGCAAUUUGCUUCUUUAACACUAGGGAAAAGAAAAAUUUGCAAGAUUUAAAUGGUGUUUUUGUUUUUAAUGUUGCUGAAAGGGAGCAACUAGACAGGCCAACAGCAAGGCUUAUAAAAGAAUUUGACUGUAUAGAAGAAUCAUUUAUGAGAGAAAUUGGGAGUCAGUAUGGUAUUGUGCCUGGGUCUCGGGAGAAUUCCCUUUACAAUGCUCUCUGGGUUGCCCAAGCUCUUCUUCGCAAGGGGUCUAUUAAGACAGCUGAUAAGAGAAUUCUUCUCUUUACUAAUGAAGAUGAUCCUUUUGGGAGUCUCCAGGGUGCUGCAAAAGCAGAUAUGACAAGAACUACAUUGCAGCGAGCUAAAGACAUACAAGAUCUUGGAAUCUCAAUUGAACUUCUCCCCUUAAUUCGUCUAGAUGAGGAGUUCAAUGUUUCUGUUCUAUAUUCAGAUUUGAUUGGGUUAGAUAGUGAAGAUCUUGCUCAAUUCAUUCCAUCUGCAGGCCAGAAAUUGGAAGAUAUGAAAGAUCAACUGAGGAAGCGUAUGUUCACAAAGCGGAUAAUUAGAAGGAUCACAUUUCAUAUCGUUAAGGGAUUGUCAAUUCAGCUGAAUACUUAUGCUUUAAUUCGUCCGACAGUUCCAGGGGCAAUUACAUGGCUUGAUUCUGUCACCAAUCGUCCUUUAAAGAUUGAAAGAUCUUUGAUCUGUGAGGAUACAGGUUCAUUGAUUCAGGAACCUCCUAAACGCUUUCAGCCAUAUAGAAAUGAGAAUGUGAAGUUCUCGAUGGAUGAAAUAUCUGAGAUAAAAAGAAUAUCAACCGGACAUCUUCGUCUUCUUGGAUUCAAGCCAUUAUGUUGCUUAAAAGAUUACCACAACUUGAGGCCAUCCACGUUUGUAUAUCCCAGUGACCAGGAAGUGGUUGGUAGCUCCUGCAUUUUUAUUGCCUUGCACAGAUCUAUGCUAAGGCUCAAACGUUUUGCAGUUGCAUUUUAUGGGGGCUCAUCUCGUCCUCAAUUAGUUGCCUUAGUUGCACGAGAUGAGAUUACUACAGCUGGUGGUCAGAUGGAGCCGCCAGGGAUGCACAUGAUAUACCUUCCAUACUCUGAUGACAUCAGAGAUGCUGAAGAGAUUUUUCCAGAUACAGAAGAUGAUGCACCUCGAGCAGAUAAGGAUCAAAUUCAAAAAGCUGCUGCUUUAAUAAAACGUAUUGAAAUGAAAGAUUUCUCAGUUUUCCAAUUUGCUAACCCUGCCUUGCAGAGACAUUAUGCAGUGCUGCAGGCUCUAGCUUUAGAAGAAGAUGAUAUUCCUGAGACCAUUGAUGAGACAGUACCUGAUGAGGAAGGUUUGGCUAGACCAGCAGUAGUUAAGGCAAUAGAAGAAUUCAAGCUUUCUGUCUAUGGGGACAACUAUGAUGAGGAAAACGACCAUUUAGGUAAAGAAAAAGUGGGUGGGGCCUCUAGAAAACGAAAAGAAAUUGCAGAAAAUGCAGCUAAGGAUUAUGAUUGGGCUGACCUUGCAGACAAUGGGCAGUUGAAGGAUUUAACUGUAGCAGCUUUGAAAACUUACUUGAAUGCACACGACCUUCCUGUCACCGGGAAGAAGGAAGCUUUGAUCAGCAGGAUUUUAACCCACAUGGGCAAAUGAGCAAAGUUGAAGCUGAUAAAAAAUCGUAGACUGCUAUCAGAUAAGCUAUAAUAUCCUACUGAUUGCCGCAUUAUGUAGGCCUCGUAUUGUAAUGCUAAAACAUGCUUGGUUUUGCAUGAUGCAACUGAAUUUUUCAAGGCUAAACAUGUCUUUUCGCGUAGAUUUUAAAGCUUUAUUGCACA